CGAGCGGGAGGGGCCGCGCGCGCUCCUGCCUCCGGUCUGUGUCCCCCGCCCCCCCUUCCCUGGCCCGGCCUCUCCUUCGGAAAGAUGUCGGACACUGCCGUCGCCGACACUCGGCGCCUCAACUCGAAGCCCCAGGACCUGACCGACGCGUACGGGCCGCCGAGUAACUUCCUGGAGAUCGACAUCUUUAACCCGCAGACGGUGGGCGUGGGCCGCGCGCGCUUCACCACCUAUGAGGUUCGCAUGCGGACAAACCUCCCUAUCUUCAAGCUGAAGGAGUCCUGUGUACGGCGGCGCUACAGUGACUUUGAGUGGCUAAAAAAUGAGCUGGAGCGAGAUAGUAAGAUCGUAGUACCACCACUGCCGGGGAAAGCCCUGAAGCGGCAGCUCCCCUUUCGAGGAGAUGAAGGCAUCUUCGAGGAGUCCUUCAUCGAAGAAAGGAGGCAGGGCCUCGAACAGUUUAUUAACAAAAUCGCAGGGCACCCGCUGGCUCAGAAUGAACGCUGCCUCCACAUGUUCCUGCAGGAGGAGGCCAUCGACAGGAACUACGUCCCCGGGAAGGUGCGCCAGUAGGCACCCUCUCGCCACUUCCCUCUCCUUUCCUGCUGAGAUGACAUUGAUUUUACACUAAAGCCUCUCUCUCUUUCUUUGAUCUGAAGUUGGCUGCCCAUCCCCUGGCCUGGUAGACUGUCUGGCAUUGUGUCCCUUGGUACCUGACUACACCGUGGGCACUCUGCUAGGGACCUCUUCUCUGAGGAGAGGUGGGAAAUCACAGGCGGAUGCCCUUUG